GUAAUAGUAAUCACUAAUUCACGAGAAACUCAAUCAUCUUUUUUCUUCUUCGCCGUUUUUUACUGAAAAAUCGGCCAGAUAUUUUUUACCCCUUAACUAAUUCACCCUAUUCACCCUCACUAACGCCGACAUUUUUUACCCUAAGCCAAUCCACGGCCCUUACUCAAAAAAAACAUUCACCCUAGCCGGCGCCACCACUACUCCCUGUCGGCGCCACCACUACCACCGCACACACACAAUCACCACCGCCAUUUUCGCGCAAAUCUACAGAAUUAUGGACGGUUCGUCGGAGAAGCUUCCAAUAGAAGGAGAGCGCAACGUUUUAGUGACUAGUGCUCUCCCAUAUGUCAAUAAUGUGCCACAUCUAGGGAACAUAAUAGGAUCAGUGCUGAGCGCCGAUGUAUUCGCGAGAUUUUGUCGACUGAGGGGCCAUAACGUGUUGUUCGUUAGUGGGACGGACGAGUAUGGCACGACCACUGAGGUCCGGGCAGCCAUGGAGAAUGUCUCACCCAGGGAAAUCUGUGACAAAUACCAUCCCCUUCACAGGGCUAUUUACGAGUGGUUUGACAUUAGCUUUGAUCAAUUCGGCCGUACUUCUACACCAGAACACACUGUCGUUUGUCACGAGGUUUUCAAUUCACUGUUUCGCAACAACCUCUUGACGGAGCAGACAAUUGAACAGUUGUAUUGUGAGGAUUGCUUAAAGUUCUUGGCGGAUAGUCUUGUUGAAGGCAACUGCCCUCACUGUCAUGCGUCCUGUAAAGGCGAUCAAUGUGAGACCUGUAGUGCGUUUUUGAAUGCUCGUGAUUUAUUAAACCCUAUCUGCAAGAUUUGUCAGAGUUCGACCCCAGCACUUCGCACCACAGACCAUUUGUUUCUACAACUAGCUUCUGUGCAGAGGGACGUGCAUGCCCUCUCUGAAAGAAUUGCGUUUUCUAAUCAACUAGCAGUGACCACAACAAAAAAUCUUGUCAAUUUGGAAAACAAACUCCCACCAAAGUGCAUUACCCGUGAUCUGAAAUGGGGGGUUCCUGUUCCCGUUGAAAAAUUCAAAGAGAAGGUGAUGUAUGUUUGGUUCGAUGCUCCCCUCGGUUAUAUUUCCAUCACAAAGUGUCAUACAUCCAAGUGGGAGCUGUGGUGGAAAAAUCCAAAGAAUGUCGAGCUACACCUUUUCAUGGGGAAAGACAAUGUUCCUUUUCAUUCGGUUCAUUUCCCUUCGUAUUUGACUGGCACUGGGGAAAAUUGGACCCUUCCUCAUUCAAUACAUGCUACUCACUUUCUCUUAUAUGGAGCAGGAAAGUUUUCCAAGAGCAAGGGUAUUGGUGUUUUUGGUGAUGAAGCGAAAAACACAAAUAUACCUGUGGAAGUAUGGAGAUACUAUUUGAUUAGUGUUAGACCGGAGGCAUCUGAUUCAAGAUUUUCUUGGGAGGACUUACAAGCAAAACUUAACAGCGAGCUUGCUGAUAAUUUGGGUAACUUCAUGAAUCGUGUGCUCACCUUUGUUGCUAAGCCCCCUGAGAAAGGAUAUGACUCUACUAUCCCUGAUGUCUCUGAUGUGGUGCUGAGUGAGACAGACAUUGACUUUGGUCAUUUGCUUAAAAACCAUGUGCAAGAGUAUGUCAAGGCUUUGGAGAAGGGUAAGUUGAAGGAUGGUCUAAAGGCUGCGAUGGCUAUUGCUAGUGAGGGGAAUCGACAUUUCCAGAGAACUAAAGUCUGGAAACUUUUUGUUGAAGAUAGAUCAAGGUGUUCUUUUGUUGUCAAAACUUUAGUUGGAGCUGUCUGCAUUCUUGCAUGCCUGCUUCAACCAUAUAUGCCAUCAUUUACCAGAGGUACACGCGUAUUGAAGCAGCUUAAGCUGGAAGUUAACGAGUUUACACUCCAUGAUGAAGAUAUUGAAAGGGCUCAAAAGCCUUGGGAAAUCGUUCCUGCUGGACAUAAAAUAGGGAAGCCAAGUCCUUUGUUCAGGAAAUUGAGCGAUAAUGAUGUCAAAGAACUGGAGAGACGAUUUUGUGGCAACCAGACGGACCGGCAUGAGGAUGUGGUUCUACUCAACAAAAGCAAGUUAAAGGUUGGUGUUGCAUAAUGGGACUGUACCAAACGUCCGAACUGUUAACUUCCCCGCAACGUUACUUUUAUCUAACUGGAGGAAUUCUGAAAAACUCUCCUAGAUUUACAAAAGUUGAGCAUCAAGAUGUAAAGGGGUAAAUAUUUUGCUGAGAUAGUUUUGACUAAAUAUUCAUGGUUGGUGAUGUAUAUAAAUAGCUUCGGAUUGACGGUUUAAUAGUUAUUGAUUUGUUAUGUUAUAUAAACGGACUAGUGAGACCACAUUUAGGUUA